AUGGCUGACAAACAUCGGAAAAAGAAAAUGAUAAUAGCAUUAGCUAUUAAAAAACUUCUUAAUGCUUACAACACCAAUGCAUUAUUCUUCCUCAUGACACACAAUGACCCAGUGAUAAGAACACAUGAUAGUUUUCGGUCACUAGCAGACAGGUUUGGGGUAUCAACAUCUACCGCACACACAUGCUGUGGGAAUAUCGCACGGAAAAUAAGUUUGCAUUUAGUGAAGCGAUUUAUAAAGUGGCCACGGAAUGAAGCCCUGGACUCGGUAACUCAGGGAUUUUUGGAAAAAUGCAAGCUUCCGGGUGUAGUUGGUGCAAUAGAUGCAUGUCAUGUUCGAAUUACAGCUCCUCAAAUUAAUCCAGAAUCCUAUUACAACCGAAAGAAAUUUCAUUUAGUUAAUCUUCAAGCAGUAAGCGAUAAUCGUCUCUUGUUUCUCGAUAUAUUUGUUGGCUGGCCUGGCAGCAGUCACGAUGCACGAGUUUUCAAAAACUCGCCACUCUUUUUAGAAACUGCUGAAAAUGCUAUACCCUGCAACAAGUAUAUACUUGGAGACGCAGCAUACCCACUACUACCUUGGCUGAUGACACCAUUUAAAGAUUACGGAACUCUAUCAAGAGAAAAGCAAAACUACAACAAGCAGCACAGCAGGGGCAGACAGGUUGUAGAACGUGCAUUUGGCCAACUGAAAGGAAGAUUUAGACGUUUGAUACUGUUUUAUGUACACAAAAUAGAGCUGUUAGUUUACUGUAUAGUAGCUGUAUACGUUCUCCAUAAUGUCUGCAUCCUUAACGACGAUGAAAUAAAUGAUUUCUGUGAAGAACCCGAUAUAAAUGUGUAUGAUGGACUAAAUGAAGACAGAGAAAGUGGAAUCCUAUUUAGAGAUGACCUUGUCCGAUAUCUUUCGCAGUGA